GUUUCUUUGGAACGCAGCAGCUGCAGGAGAGAGGAGAAAGUUUCACCCCCAACAUGGACUGAGACCUGAAAACUGCUCCUAGAUCAGCUGGAACUUCUCCUCUGUGACAUCUCCGCCCUCGUCGUCUUCCUUAUGCAAUGACGAAGAAUGACACGUGGCCACGCGGUGUUGCCAUGGAAUCGUUGAGCAAUAUGGACAGUGCUGGGAGCUGCGAGAGUGUAAUCAGCAUGAACUCUGGCUAUAGUGAAGACAGCAUGGAGCACUUAUCUGCAGAAGAGAGAGCUUGUCUCAUGUAUCUGGAGGAAACCAUCGAGGCUCUGGAGGUGCAGGAGGACAGCGGCUUCUCCAACGAUGAACCAGAUGCUGGGUUACAGGCAGACAAAAUGGGUCGGACAAAUGUGAAUGACAUUUUCAGCAUCAAGCCUGAUCAUGAACCACCGUCGCAUCCUGUUUCGGCAGCAGCCACAGAAGAUCUCAUCCCAUCAUCGCUGGACGUCAUGACUCAGCCCAGUGGUUCUCAAACCCCCCCAUCAGCUCCUCAGUCUGAGGCUCUCUGCGUAACCACAGAUGGAAAUGGUAAUCCUAAAAUUGUCACUAGUUCCAGGCUUCGCCAAGGUCAGUCCAAUGUGGCCUCUGCAAAACAUCUGGCUCUGAUCCCACCUCCCUCAGACUUCAUGGACAAACCACGCCCUAAUGUGCACCUAGACAAACUCAGGGAACUUCAUCUGUCCAGUAACAAGCCACGAGGACCUAUCGACUUAGAACAACUACGUCAGAGAGCAACAGUGAAGAGGACUUUAGAGAGCUCCUCUAUGACCCAGGAAAGUCCAAACAUGCCCCCACCUGAAGUGUUGCCCGGUCUGAGUCCACCAGCCAUCAUCUCUAGUCCCCAGAUGAGUCCUCCUUCCAAUACUGCUGGUCUGCAGAUGAGUCUUCCCAUGGCUGCAGAGCCCCAGAUGAGUCCUCCUCCCAUGGCUGCUGGUCUCCAGAUGAGUCUUCCUCCCAUGUCUGCUGAGCCCCAGAUGAGUCCUCCCAUGGCUGCUGAGCCCAGAAGUCCACCUGCUGUGGCCCCAAAGCCCAAGAAGCUUCCUGCCAACAUUAUUCUGAAGUCACACAAGGCGUCAGCGUCCGGCUCUGAUGGCAACUCAGGACAUUCUUUCGCCUCCAGCAGUGACCGGAUGUUGGACCCAAUCCGCUUUGAGGCGCUCCGAAAGCUCGGCCUGCUAAAAGGUGAUGAGGCAGAUCCAGGUCCUGCCCUGAGCCCCGGACUGUCUCCCAGAACUAGGAGCUCAUGGGGAGCUUCUCAUUCUCCAGGCAGCCAAGCAGCUCCACGCACACCGCCCUCUAUCACUCAUGUCAACAGCCCACCUCCAGUCUCCUUCCCCCUACUGUCUCCAGCUGCUGUGCCACCAUCAGUUGAAGCUGAAGCUCCAGAUAUUCUCCCAGCACCUGCAGAUUUCAGUGACCCAAUCGGACCUCUGACGUCUGAUUAUGAACCGUCUGCUGCCAUAGGCGUUUCCAAUGCUGACGUUCAGGCACAGCAGAAUACGCCUCCUCUAACCCCACUGAAAUUAACCCCACCCAGGAUUGUAGGUGUCAAAUCGGCCACCCUGGAACGUGCCGGCCCGGGUCUAAGGAGCUCUUUGGCAAUGGAAGGCUCCAGCAACGAUGGUGAGCUGAGCCCCAGGCAGCUGCGUAACAAUCGGCCCCGUCCAGCGUCCCUGGGGAGCGGGAAGGAGUUUUCAAGCACUCAGAGAGCGGCGGUCACCCAUCAAGAUCCAGACUCACUGAGGUCCCUGCAGGUUCCACGGAGGUCCCUGCCGGGCCCCACUGUCUAUCAGCACUCCAGAGACACUCAGAAGCUGCCUCGAUCAGAAGGCAUCAGCGUGCUGAUCUGCCCCCGUUCAGAAAAUGAGGAGGAUCGCCGUGAGGCCCUGAAGAAGCUGGGGCUGCUCAGGGACUGAUGCAUCGUGCACCUCAUCUACUCGUGUCCCUGCAGACUCUCUUUCAUACACAGGACGAAGGCAUUGCAAACCUCUGGGGAAGCAUCUUUACUACAUAUUUAUGCUUUUUCUAUUUUACUGCAUCAAGCUUUUAUAACCAGAGACGGACUGACGCGACCUGAAAACUGUCAUUCACACCUCUUAAGUCCACUUGUUACUGAUAUUGUACAGUGUUUUUAUUUCUGCGAUACUGGCAAGAACUGUUUGGACAUUCCUGACUCUCUCACAGUCCCUGUGGUUCUCUUUGUAAAUUAAAAGCGGUUUCUGUCAAGAGGUAAUAAUAACUUGUCAUUUUAAUUUGUUUUGUAUUCUGCAGGUAUGACAUGUCCUUAUCACUGUUUGGUUUCACAGGCUCUUCAGUGGAACCAAUGUGAGGCUGGUUCCCGUCUAACUUCUGCUUUUGAUAUACUUUAAAAGGUCAUGGUGCUUUCUCUCAAAGGUUUAGUCUGGUUUGGUUCCAACAAGCACUGGCCAAUAUUCAGGUUUAAUUCUAAGUUAAUCCAAUCUAUUUAUUGACUGUAGUUUGGUUUGUAAAUGAAGGAUUUUGAUGUUAAAUGAAUAAAAAUGCAAACAGUUCAUUGUGCUUUUCUAGGUCACUGAAACUCAAUGCAAAUAGUCCCUGGCCAAACAGUGAUAAGAAUCUGAGACACGAGGAUUUCAUGGCUGCAGUGACGCAGACGUCAAAACACACCAGCUUGUUACAGAGCAGCAUCACUGUGGGUCUGUCGUACACGAGCUGAUUGAACCACUUUUAUUUUCUUCCUUUUUAGUCUUGAUCAUACUCCGUCCUACAUUACUCACUAGUGACAUGUGACGGCCUCAUGUCAAAUCACAUACAGAGGCUCCUGUUUUCUGGUCCAGCUUCAGCACCUUUAUCUGAUGAGAUGGUGAGAGAACUGGUGCAACCUGUUUGUCUCAGCUCCUGCCUCAGCCUUUAUGCAACACCUCCGCUGCUCCGGCUGGUACGUUUAUGAGCCGCCGGGCCGCCUGUCUGGAAAAAAAUAUUUUAUCACUGCUGCAGGCUUUUAGAGACAAAUAGAUUUGCUCUUACCUGUAAUUUGCUGUGAAGGUCAGCUGCUGAUUAAUUUGAAAGAUAUUUCUCUGAGGCGUUAGUCCCCAGGUUCAUACACUCUAUAACUUGUAGAGAACAUGGCACAACUUUUAGAAUCAACAAGUCCCUUUUUUGGAUUUUCAGACAGCAACAUCCAAGUAACCAGCAUUUUACAGGUGGUGCAGUGCUGUGACAUUACUCUUAUGACCGUGGAGGUCGUGUUUUAACCCCUUCCCUGUUUGUUGGUUCAUUUGUACGCAAGAUUACACGAAAGUGAACGGAUGUUCAUGAAACUUGGUGUAAGAAUGUGAUGUGUGUGAGGGAGGAAACCUUUCAAUGUAGGAUUUUUUAUUUCGCUUUCUUUAACAUUGUGACAAAAGGCGUUUUUCAUCAUUUUCAUUGUUUUCCCAGAGAAUAAUUG